AUGAAGGCAAUGGGCAGGGCAAGGAUGAUGGUGCAUUUGAUCUGUGGAGUAUUGGCUGUAUUCGGAGUAUCUGUUGUGGUAGCAGAUGACCCUUAUAGGUUCUAUACAUGGACUGUGACUUAUGGCACGAUUGCCCCUCUGGGUGUUCCGCAGCAGGUCAUCCUUAUCAACGGGCAGUUUCCUGGUCCAAAGCUUGAGGUGGUAACCAAUGACAACAUCGUACUCGACCUCAUUAACAAGCUUGACCAGCCUUUCCUUCUGACAUGGAACGGGAUCAAGCAAAGAAAAAACUCAUGGCAAGAUGGAGUACUCGGAACCAACUGCCCCGUCCCACCAAAUGGCAACUACACGUAUAACUUCCAAACCAAAGACCAGAUAGGCUCCUUCACGUACUUUCCAUCAACUUCAUUCCACAAAGCUGCAGGUGGUUUUGGGGCAAUCAACAUAUACGAAAGACCUCGCAUCCCGAUUCCUUUUCCGGACCCUGAUGGAGAUUUUACAUUACUUAUUGGCGAUUGGUACAGGACUAGCCACAAGACGUUGCAGAAGUUUCUGGAUUCGGGAAGAUCUCUACCCUUUCCUGAUGGUGUCCUUAUAAACGGGCAAGGUCAUAGCACCUUCAGUGGUGAUCAAGGCAAAACAUACAUGUUCAGGAUUUCAAACGUGGGGCUGUCGACCUCGUUGAACUUCAGGAUACAAGCCCACACCAUGAAGCUCGUGGAGGUCGAAGGAUCUCACACUAUCCAGAAUGAGUACGACUCUGUCGAUGUUCAUGUGGGCCAGUCGGUGGCUGUCUUGGUCACUUUAAAUCAGGCUCCUAAGGACUACUAUAUCGUUGCCUCCACGCGAUUCACCAAGACCGUUCUUACUGCAACUGCAACCCUGCACUAUACGAACUCCCGAACCCCAGUUUCCAGGCCUCUGCCUGUCGGACCGACUUAUCAAAUUCAUUGGUCUAUGAAACAAGCUAGAACCUUCAGGUGGAAUUUGACUGCAAGUGCUGCAAGACCUAACCCCCAAGGUUCAUUUCACUAUGGGAAGAUCACACCAUCGAGGACGAUAAAGUUGGCCAAUUCUGCCGCCCUCAUAAAUGGGAAGAGACGAUUUGCCGUCAAUGGGGUCACCUAUAUAAAUGCCGAUACCCCUUUAAAGCUUGCUGAUUACUUUAACAUCUCGGGAGUUUUCAGCUUGAACUCGAUCCAGAGCAUCCCCUCUGAAAGUACAGCAUCCAUUGCCACUUCUGUGAUGCCGGCUUCCCUCCACGAGUUCAUCGAGAUUGUUUUCCAGAACAAUGAGAGGACCGUUCAGUCUUGGCAUCUUGAUGGUUAUGACUUCUGGGUUGUCGGAAACGGUUUCGGGCAGUGGACUCCUGCAAGCAGGAAGAAGUACAAUUUGGUGGACACUCUUACCAGACACACCGCUCAGGUGUACCCGAACUCAUGGACGACUAUAUUAGUGUCACUGGACAACCAAGGUAUGUGGAACCUGAGGUCUGCAAAUUGGGAGAGGCAAUAUCUUGGGCAGCAGUUCUAUCUUAGAGUCUGGAACCCUGUACAAAGCCUUGCCAAUGAGUACAAUGCCCCUUCGAACGUUCAGCUCUGUGGUAAAGCCGUCAGGCACCACCCUUAAGAAUUCGGUCCGGUUUGGUUGCUGCUGGCAUUAUAGGAAUCACAAGGAAAACAUAGAUCAUUUGUCUUAGAACCCUUUGCUGGCGACUGUCUUGGUUGAAGGUGAUUGAAACAUGAAAUUCGGUGGGUUUGUAAAAUUGCCUUUCCAAAUUAACGCGUGGUUCUUGCAAUUUGCUUAUACAACUCUUUUGGCCCACUUUAUUAUUUAGCUUCUUCCUUUUCUUUA